AUGGCACCCCUGCUCGCCCUGUUCCUGGUGGCCCUGGCGGGCCUGCCUGUGGCCCGGGCCCUGGACUGCCACGUGUGUGCCUACAACGGCGAGAACUGCUUCAACCCCAUGCGCUGCCCAUCCAUGGUCACCUACUGCAUGACCACGCGCACCUACUACACCCCCACCAGGAUGAAGGUGAGCAAGUCCUGCGUGCCCAGCUGCUUCGAGACCGUGUACGACGGCUACUCCAAGCACGCCUCCACCACGGUCUGCUGCCAGUAUGACCUCUGCAACGGGGCCGGCCUGGCCUCUGCCGGGGGCCCCGCCCUCGUCCCCCUGCUCCUGGCCACCCUCUGGGGCCUGCUCUGA